UUCCAACAAAAGUACAACUCCGCCUCGGGUCAUAAAUUCCCCAAGCCCGCGUUCCUCAGUCAAAUCUCCAAGCCAUGGCGACCCUGGACUCCGACGUGCCGAUGACCCCUGCCGGCGAGGGGUCCAGCAGCGCCGCCGCCGCCGCCCCUCCUCCUCCUCCGUUGUCCUCCUCCUGCUGCUCGUCGUCGUCGUCGAGGAAGCCGAAGCGGUUCGAGAUCAAGAAGUGGAACGCCGUCUCGCUCUGGGCCUGGGAUAUCGUCGUGGACAACUGCGCUAUCUGCAGGAACCACAUCAUGGAUCUUUGCAUUGAGUGCCAAGCUAAUCAGGCGAGCGCGACCAGCGAGGAGUGCACGGUCGCUUGGGGAGUUUGCAACCAUGCAUUUCAUUUUCACUGCAUCAGCCGAUGGCUCAAAACUCGUCAAGUGUGUCCAUUGGAUAAUAGCGAAUGGGAAUUUCAGAAGUAUGGUCAUUAGAGCCUCCUAUUGGACAUCCUUUUGCUGCUAUUUCGAUACUGCACUUAAGUCGGAAGGCACUAUGUGUUGAGCUGUCGAAACAUUUGACUUUCAGCCCUCUAACUUCCCCCCUCCCCCUGUUACAGUUUCAUUGAAUGGAGAGUGAUCAGAAAACAUGAUUUGCAGUUAAUGCGAUUCUCUCUCUCUCUC